AUGAGUGAAGAAGAGGAGGUUAAAGAAAAUACUUGGGAUCAAGCAAUAGCUGAAGCAGAAAAAUUAGUUCAACAUAAAGGUGGAUCAUAUAUUGAUCCUAUGAAACUUGUUGGUGCAGAUAUAAUAGAUUUAACUAAAAAUAUAAAAAGACUUUUGGGUAGCAAACAUCCUUUAUUAGACACUGUUAGUAAAUAUUAUUUUCUAACUGAUGGAAAACAUAUAAGGCCUUUGAUUGUGUUGUUAAUGUCUCAAGCAACCAAUGACCUUUCUGCUCUUUAUUAUCCUUCUAUUUCUUCUACUACAGGUGCAAUAAUUCUUCCUACUCAAAGACGUUUAGCUGAAAUAACUGAGAUGAUUCAUACAGCUUCACUUCUUCAUGAUGAUGUGAUUGAUUUGUCAGAGACACGUCGUAAUCAACCAUCAGCAAAUAUGAAUUUUGGUAAUAAGAUGGCUAUACUUGCUGGUGAUUUCUUAUUGGCUCGUGCAUCAAUAGCAUUGGCAAGAUUACGUAAUCCAGAAGUUAUUGAAUUAUUAGCUACUGUUAUUGCUAAUUUAUAUUAUAUGGAAAAGACUUAUAUGAAGACUGCAAGUUUGAUUGCAAAAAGUUGUAGAGCUGCUUCAAUACUUGGUGGAUCAACAGUUGAAGUCUGUGAUAUUGCUUAUAAUUAUGGUAGAAAUUUAGGAUUGGCUUUUCAACUAGUAGAUGAUAUGCUUGAUUUUGUCAUAACAUCAAAAGAUCAAUUAGGUAAACCGGUAGGAGCAGAUUUAAAAUUAGGAUUAGCAACAGCACCAGUUUUAUAUGCAUGGGAAGAAUAUCCUGAAAUUGGUCCAUUGGUUAAACGUAAAUUUUCUGAAGAGGGUGAUGUUGAAAUGGCAAGAAAAUUGGUUUAUCAGAGUAAUGGAAUUGAAAAAACAAAACUUUUGGCUUCUUCACAUUGUCAAAAAGCAAUUACAGCAAUAUCACAAUUACCAGAAUCUGAUGCACGUGAUGCAUUAAUACAGUUGGCUCAUAAAAGAGAAAAAAAUUUUAUUAUCAUCAUUUUUAUGCAUUAA